AUCUUCUUUUCUACACUAGGCACAAGGCCCGAAAUUCUUGGGAAGGAGGCUAGUCGAUUAGAUUGAUUCCAGUACGAAACUGGUACUUAAUUUAUCGACCCCAAAAGGAUGAAUGGAAAAGUCGACCUCGGCGGAAUUUGAACUCAGAACGUAAAGACGUACGAAAUACCGCUAAGCAUUUCGCCCGACGUGCUAACGUUUCUGCCAAUAUUUAUGGCAUCUACACACCUCACGAAAAUGAGAGGGAAAAACUCUAUAAAUUACACUAAUUACCAUUUGCACCAUUCCUGUUUUAGGAAAAACACUGAAAAACACUGGAACGAAUCCCACCAGCCAGUAGAGCCAUCUUUUGGAUGAAUUGAUAAAAUACAAUCAUAUCAAGGGAAAUGACUUCCACAACACUUCCGCCAAGGUCCAAUUAAAUUUAUUAAUUAGUGUAAUUACCGAUCAGGUACUCGUUCUGUAUAUCCGAAUACGUUGUCUUGCUCAUUUUUACAUUCUGGCGUUUGCUGAAAUUUUCUUGAGAACACACUCUUCGUGAAUAUCACAUCAUGUUGACAGAAAAGAAAUUUCUUCAUUCGGACAUGCCUCUGAUAUUUUUAUCAAUUUUCAUCCACUAAAAGAAGACGAUAUAUUUAUAAGGAGCAUUCAUCAAUACAUCAACCUCUUUAUAUUAAAAAAACUAAAAUAAAAUCUGAGACAAACAACGAACUAUUUCUUUUGGAUGAUGGAUUUAACAACGCCACUUUCUAGUCUUCUCUGAUUGAUAUGUAGAGAUGAUUGCUUUACAGGUUAAUUAAGCUUGGAUAACUUUACAAAGGAGUGGACAGUUUACAUCUGCUGGUUUAGAUAAUAAACAAGAUCACAAAUGAAAGAAAAAUAGUAACUCAACUAAACAAACAUAUUCAUAAAAAUAAUUAAAAAAAAGAGUAAUUUUUUUAUAUGUGUAACAAAUUAUUCUAUUAUAAUGAAUCAUUUAACCAAACAAAAAAACCCUGAUGCAAGAGAGAAACCAUAUCGCUGUAAUAUCUGUGGAAAAGCAUUCUCUCAGAGUGGUCACUUGACUGUACACAAACGUACACAUACAGGAGAGAAGCCAUAUCGUUGUAACAUCUGUGGUACAUCAUUCUCUAGAAAUAAUCACUUGACUAGUCACAAACGUAUUCAUACUGGAGAAAGACCAUGUCAUUGUGAUAUCUGUGGUAAAUCAUUCUCUCUGAGGAGUAACUUGACUAAACAUAAACAUACUCAUACAAGAGAGAAGCUAUAUCAUUGUGAUAUCUGUGGUAAAUCAUUCACUGAAAAUGGUUACUUGACGAGACACAGACGCAUUCAUACAGGAGAGAAACCUUAUCGCUGUGAUAUAUGUGGUAAAUCAUUCACUGAAGGGUUUGGCGUAACUAGACACAAGCGCGUUCAUACAGGAGAGAAGCCAUAUCAUUGUGAUGUCUGUGGUGAAGCAUUUUCUGAAUUUAGUAAUAUGAAAAGGCACAAACGUAUUCAUACAGGAGAGAAACCAUAUCGUUGUGAUAUCUGUGGUAAAUCAUUCUCUUGUCGUAAUCAUUGGACUAGGCACAAAAAUAUUCAUACAGGAGAGAAGCCGUAUCACUGUGAAAUAUGUGGUAAAUCAUUCUCUCAAGUUGAGCAAUUGAAAACACACAAACGUAUUCAUACAGGUGAGAAGCCAUAUCAAUGUGAUAUCUGUGCUAAAUCAUUUUCUAAAUGUGGCGGUCUAUCUCGUCACAGACGUAUUCAUACAGGAGAGAGACCAUAUCGUUGUAAUAUCUGUGGUAAAUCAUUCUCCCGAAGUGGUCCUUUGACUGGUCACAAACGCAUUCAUACAGGUGAGAAGCCCUAUCAUUGUGAUAUCUGUGGUAAAUCAUUCUCUCAAAGUAAUCACUUGACUAGACACAAACUGACACACACAAGAGAGAAACCAUAACAUUGCUGUACCUGUUGUAAUUUAUUUUUUGGAAAUAGGGUUGUAACUAUACAUGAACAUGUUCAUACAAGAGAGAAACUAUUUCAUGGUGAUGUCGGUGAUUAAUCCUUCUGUCAUAGACGUAGCUUAACUGUACAUGAACGCAUUCCUACAGAAUUGAAAUCAUGUCAGUGUGACAUCUUUGGUAAACCAUGCUCUCAAAAACGCAACUUCUAUAUGUGGGUAUUCACAAAGAAAUGUAACUGCAUCAGUGUCCAAAUUUAUUACAUGACAACAAUAAAGACUAUUUUGUCUGCUAAAAGACAGGGUUUUUUUCCCCUUCAUCAACUUCAAUACUGUGAAUGUGAACCUCAAAUUUUUGAUAAUCAAUAAAAAAAAUGUUGACUCUGAGAUAAUUUAAUUACUGAAAAUGUUUGUGAUUGGAUUUUGAAGUAUUUAUUAAAAAAAAAAUAAAUGAAUAAAAAAUUUA